UCUCUAGGACGAUGCAGAACCCCUGACCUCUGUCUGGGCAGUGCUGAAUGGCCCUGUGCUGAUCACAUGCACUCUCCAAGCAAAAAAAAAAAAAAAAAAAAAACCUCUCUAGCAAUACACACCAAACUGAGCAUAUGCAGUGUGUCCACACCAUAUGCCUUAUCAGCAGAUAAGAGAGGAUCUGAGAAGUCAGGAUCAAACAGCCUUUUUACACAAUGCAGAGGAUUUACCCCUAGGUUCCACAGUGAGUAUAACAAGCAUGCUUUACUGCAUAUACAGACUGAUUUUACUGUUGUGGGUUUA